UCUUGUUUGAAUUAGGACAAGCACUUCCACUGUUCCAUUAUGUUAUUACAUAUUAAAAUGUUCAAUAUUUUUUGGUUAUGAGUGAAAAGGGACGAAUAAGCUCUCUUUGAAUCUAAUCUAAUUUCUUCUUAUUUUUGAUUAAUUCCAAACUCAUUCAUCCUAAGCGCUUGAAGUAUGGAAUAUUCAAUUCUAAUUUGCCCAUAAUUGUUUGAUAUUUUCCCGUUACAUUUCUUUUUUUCGAUUCAAAUCAUUUUUUGGGUCAAUGCCUUAAUUUCCCUUUUUUAAAUUUCUUUCAACUGUUAUUCCAAAUUUCACUUACAAAUUUUUAAAGAUGAGAAUGAGCAUUUCGUGGUUCAUUUUCAUUGUUUUGAAAUAAAUGAGAUCAAACACUGCUAAGAAGAACUGAUAUAGAUAAGAAUAAUUAGUUACGUCGCAAAUUUAUUUGUGCUUUGUUAGGGCCGAAACUAGCCUAUGUUAUGAUAUUAUACAACAAUAUAAUUCCGUCACAGUAGAUAAUACCAGGAACAACAGAAAUUUAAUAAAAGAGUGGAAUUAUAAAUCUUGCAGAUAAGAUUGAUUUGGCCUAAUAGUUUUUUUUUUUUGGUGAAGUUCAUUCUUCUGCUUCUGCUUCUCUUUUGAAGCCUCUGGCAGGAAAGGCUAUCUGCAGGAAAUGUCAUCCAAGGUGUGAAACAUGUACAGGCUAUGGUUUCCACGUAUUCAUGUGCACCAGGUGCGCAAGGUACAGAGACGGAGAGCAAUGCGUGGAUGAUUGUCCCUCCGACAACUACAGCAGAGACAACCCUGAAAGUUUUGACUAGUGAUGUUGAUCAUCGGCCCUUAGUGCAUGUUUUGAUAAUGUCCACUUAACUGUGUUCGUGCUGUUUACGCUUCAAAUUCAGCCCAGAAGGAAUUGAACAGCGGCAUAAAAGUCAAGAAAUAGAUAAAAUGUUGGAAAAAGACAAGCAAACACUUAAGAGACAGUUUGCAUCGGCACCAAUGCCCGAUUGUCGGUUCCCUCCAAUAGAGAACACCAUUAUGCCAACCUCAAGGACAGAUUCAUGAACUGUACAUACGUUGAUGGUAACCUUGAGCUGACAUGGCUGAAAGACGACAGUUUAGACUUCAGUUUCCUUCAGUACAUCAGAGAAGUAACGGGAUACAUCCUGAUCUCACACGUGGAAAUCAAGAGGAUAGUUCUACCGAAGCUCCAAAUCAUCAGAGGAGGAACUCUUUUCAGGAUGAACAACGGUGGUGAAGAAUUCUCCUUGAUAGUGUCCUUAUCCAAGAUGUAUACCCUUGAAUUGCCUGCUUUGAGAGAUGUUUUAAGCGGAAACAUUGGACUGUUCAAUAAUUAUAACCUAUGUCAUGUGAAAACGAUAAACAGGGAAGAAAUUAUGUCUGACCCAAACUCCAAGUAUAGUUAUGUUUACAAUUUCACCUCCCCUGAAAGAAUAUGCCCCUCUUGUGAUAAAAAAUGUGAAGCUGGUUGUUGGGGCGAAGGAGAAGAAAACUGCCAGAAAUUCUCGAAAGUGAAAUGUAGCCCCCAAUGUUUUGGGGGCAGGUGCUUUGGAUCUCAACCUAGAGAGUGCUGCCAUCUUUUUUGCGCCGGUGGUUGCGUAGGGCCAAAACAAGGCGACUGUAUUGCUUGUAAGAAUUUCUACAACGACGGUGAAUGCACCCAAGAAUGCCCUCCGAUGCAGAUUUACAACACUGUUAAUUAUUCUUGGGUGCCAAACCCCAAAGGAAAGUACGCUUAUGGUGCUACUUGCGUCGAGAAAUGUCCUGAACAUCUCCUCAAAGAUAAUGGCGCUUGCGUACGUACCUGUCCUCCCCAAAAGAGAGCAAAGAACGGAGAGUGCAUACCAUGUGAAGGAAACCAAAUGAACAAAAAAAAAUUCUAACAUAACAAAUUCUUCGAU